GGCAGUGUAUAUUGUCUAAAAUGUCGUUGCAGGAUAGCGCGCCAUAGAGCCAUUGUUUAUUAUCAAAAAGUGAUAAAUCAAGUGACUAUGCAAUAAUGUUGUAUUAAGUAAAAUACUUUGACGGAACACGGUGUGAAGUGACGUUAAAAACUGGGUGAACUUAAGUUAUUAGUGAGGUCGAUAAAUUAAUUAAUUUGUAGUUUUAUAGCGACGGAGAGAUCAGUGGCAGCAGUUCAAUGAUAUUGAUUUGCAAAAAUUAAGAAUUAACUUGGUACUUUAAAACCUUUGUAAAUAUUGAAGCAAAUCUCAUUAAAUAUUUUCAAUUAAAAUUCAUUCGUUAUCGACUACACUGUCAAAUUCAAUUUAUUUUAUAGCAUUGUGCAUAGGUAAGCUUACACAUCAACUUCGUACAGAUUACUUAGCGAAGUUUACUGUAAAAAAAAUUAAUUCAUUGUUUUUGUUUACUAUAUCUACUUGCCUGAAUACAACACUAAAGCCAUAAUUUAUGCUAAAGGCUUAUUUCGUUUCAAGCAUCAUAUUUGAACGGCACACCGAAUGUGUUUACUUUGACUGCUCUACUGAUCCUUCUGUUCGCUAACUUGGCUAGUUUUAGUAAGCGUGACUGUUUAAUAAAGUGAAACAAAUAAUAACAAUCCCGAGAACUAGUAUGUGUUGAAAUGGCGGCCAUAUUAACAGGCGUGUUGACUGCGAGGUGAUGCGCGCACCUGACCACGCCCACAAUGAGCUCCUUCCUGAUGAACGGCGGCUACCAACCGCAGCCGGACCCCAAAUUCCCACCUUCCGAGGAAUACAGCCAAGCGGACUACAUACCACCAGGAGAAUACUACCAACAUCAGCAUUUGCAAUAUGGCUAUCAGCAUCAGUAUGCGCCGGUGCAGAUUGGAACAAGCUAUGGAUACGGAGGUUACUACCAUCCUCUUCCACAGCAUCCACCUGUGGCACCACCUCCUAGACCUCCGGAGCCGUCGCAUCCAUCUGAUGCUGACCAUGGCUUUGCGUCAUCGCAUAAUUCUGAUGGCGCUCCAGGCUUGGCUGAGCUCGGUCUAAGGUUAGAAAGACAUAUUGAAGAAGCAGCACCCGCGGGAAGAAAGCUUCAUGCUUUAGGCCGAGAAGGUUCUCCUUCUUCAGAGCUGGAUGAAGAAAGAUUAUUAUUAGACAGUCCGCCGGUGGAAGACGACGACUCCUCAAUAUGUUCAGAUAAUACUGACAGGGUUAUUUAUCCGUGGAUGAAGAAGAUACAUGUCGCUGGAGCGUCAAAUGGAUCUUUCCAGCCCGGAAUGGAGCCUAAACGUCAGCGUACAGCCUACACGCGACACCAAAUAUUAGAACUGGAAAAAGAAUUUCACUACAACAGAUACCUAACCAGAAGAAGAAGAAUAGAAAUAGCUCACACUCUAGUCCUAUCAGAGAGACAAAUCAAAAUCUGGUUCCAGAAUAGAAGAAUGAAAUGGAAGAAGGAUAAUAAGCUGCCGAACACCAAAAACGUUAGAAGAAAAACGAAUCCAGCGGGAGUCACCACAACAACGGCUAAAGCCACACCAAAGAGUAGAUCGAAUAAGAAUACGAAUAAUAACGAUAAGAAGAAAUCAAACAACAACGGUCGUCCGGAUAGUAUAGAAAACGUUACGGAUAAUAUCAUGAACGAUUUGCAUUGUGUUGGAGCACAGCAGAAUUUAUCUCACGACACGGCCAUCAGUCCAAUGUCCCACCCUGGAAGCAUGAACCCAGGGCAUAUGACACCGCAUCAUCUGCACAUGAUGGGAUUGCACGGCAACUUGGAUCCGGGUAUGGUCGCGAACCUUUCAGCACACGGGUCUCCUGUCAGCGCCACCGGAUGCGGCACGGGCAUCCCGAAUCAGCCGGUCAUCAAAUCAGACUACGGUCUAACUGCCUUAUAAUCUUUAGAUGUGUAAGAAAAUAACUAUAUAUUUUUCAUUAAUUGACUGUUCUUACCAUUCCUUUUGUGUCGAUAUGGUGUAAUAAAGUGAUGAGUUAUAAUUUAAGGUUAAGCAUAAGUUGUGUAAGUACUCAUAGAUUUAGACCAUUCGGAAUAUAAAUAAGCGGUCGUGAAUGUUUGAAUAGCUAAGUGGAAAACUUUACAAUGUCAAAAGUGUGAUUAUUAUUUUAGGGUAUUAUGUAAAAUUUACUGCGAUUGGAGUUUGUAACACCUCAAUUUGAGUCAUUGUCAUUGAAUUAAACUAUUUAUUUUUUUAUCUUUGAAGUAAUUCUUCCUCGUUGAUGGAAACCACGAAAGUUACCGUUGAUAAUAAUUUUAAAUUUCACGUUGUCUAAUUGCAAUAACUUAACGUGCGCUUGAAUUUUGUAAUGUUUUAAUUUAGAUGUUAAAAUAAUAUUUUAGUACUCUUCUGAAAUGUAGUGUUAAAAAUGAAAAUGUAUGUAAUUUUAUGAAUUUCGAAGCCACACCCAUGUGAUGUAGACAAUGACUUGGGCUUACGUAUAAAAUGAAAAUAUGAAUUCCAACGAAGAAAAAAAAAUGUUUUGUAACUAAAAUAGGAACUUGUGAAUACGAAACCAAUAAAUAUAGCAAUGAUUUCAA